AUGAAGGAAGAUAAGCCCCAGAUGCCCAUGGUGAUGUACGGAUGGGUUCUAAGCUGCGAAGCCUCAGGAAAGGUUCUCAGGCUGCACACGCAGGGAGUCGACGUCAACGACGUUCUAUCGGAGGUCGCCAAGUGCGUGACGAGCCGGGACGUCGUCUCGAAGAAGCUCUCGUGUGAGAUCAUUCGCUGUAACGCAGCGCGACGCCCCGACCUCUCGCUCCUCGUCGUGAACACGCUCCUUCGCGACCUCCGUGACCCCGACCCGUCCGUCCGCGUGCUCGCCGUACGCGCGCUCUCUUGUUGCUGCGCGUCGGCGGGCGACGCGGCCGAGCGGGCCGCGCUCGAGGCGACGCGGGACGCGAGCGCGCACUUCGCGGACGUCGUCGUCGACCGUCUAUACGAGCUCGUCCGCGACCCGGACCCGAUCGUCGUCAGCAACGCGCUCGCCGCGCUCGACGACGCGCUAGCGGACGAGGGAGGCGUCGCCGUGAACCGCAGCAUGGUGCGCCACCUUGCGGCGCGUCUGCCGGAGUUUUCGCCGUGGGGCGCGGCGCGCGUCGUCGCGACGCUGUCGCGGUACGCGCCGCGGUCGCGCGACGAGGCCGUCGACCUGAUGAACGCCUGCGUCGUCGCCGCCGUCGAGCUCUUCCUGCGGCUGACGGCGGAAGUUCCGGGCGCGCGCGCCGACGUGUGGGCCCGCGCGGGGGCGCCACUCGCCGCCGCGCUCGCGACGACCGACUACGAGACGAUCGCGUUCGUGCUCGCGUUCCUCCGCCGCCACGCCGACGAAUCUCUCGCGCCGUUCCGCGGCCGCCGCCGGCUCCGCCGCCGCUUCUUCUGCCGCCACAACGAGCCGCCGUACGUCAAGGUCGCGAAGCUUCGACUGCUCCCCCGCCUCGCUGCCGACGACGCCUCCGCCGCCGAGAUCGUCGACGAGGUGCUGCCGUGCUGCAUGGACGACGACGCGGCGGUCGCGGAGGCUGCUGCCGCGCUGCUGGGGGAUAUCGCGGCGCGCUUCGCGGGGGAGUGCAGGGCGAGGGUCGGCGACGUCUUUGUGCGGCUGCUGGAGCUUCGGCGUCCGCACGUCACGCGCUGCGUGCUGGCGGUCGCGCGCGCGUGGCCGCUCGACGACCGCGAGUUCGCGAACCGCCUCGCGGAGACGGCGGCGGCGGGGAUGAUCCUCGGCGAACGCGGGGACGCGAUCGACGGCGCCCCCUACGUUCUCGAGCGGCUCCUCGAGGGUUUCGCGUCGUCGGACGCCGCCGGCGUCGCGCUCGCUUUCCUGACGGCGAGCGUUCGCUUGUUUCUGCGGCGGCCGGCGGAGAUGCAGGACCUGCUGGGGAGGGUGAUGGAGACGUGCGCGGCGUCGCCGCACGAGCCGGUACGCGGCCGCGCGAUCCUCCUCUACAACCUUCUCAAGAUGGAUGACGACCUUGAGCUCGCGAGGAAGGUCGUGCUGGGCGAAAUCCGCGAUGGCGGUCGUGAUGCGGUGCCGGCGGGUUUCGAGGACGAUUCUAAAGCAACGGCGGAUUUAGAGGACGAUUCUAAAGCAACGGCGGAUUUAGAGGACGAUUCUAAAGCAACGGCGGAUUUAGAGGACGAUUCUAGAGGGACAGCGUCACCCAAAGACGCGUGAAAUGGUUGUUGAACGUGUGCUGUUUAAACAAACUGUACAGUUAUGUAAUUAAAGAAUGUUGAACGCUAUAUAUUAUGGUAUGUUUGAUGAUGAGAAAGUACUGUUAAUAAAAGUCCUAAUGGCCUAAAA